AUGACUAUGUCUGGCAUACCUCCAAGACAAAUCCUUAGUUCUUUACGCCAAGAAAACCCAAAAAUUCGAGCAAUCUCUAGAACUAUAUACAACCUGAAGAGAAAAAGUCGUAGAGAUGAUUUGGGAAAUCGGCCCAUGAUUAGUGUCCUCUUUGAAGAGCUCGCAAAAGGUGGUUUUUCAUUUGAUGUUUUACAAAACCAAGAAGGGCGUAUAACCCGUUUGUUCAUUGCACACCCUUUGUCCGUUAAAUUGGCGAAAGCUUUCUCCCAUACGUUUGUGAUGGAUUGUACGUACAAAACCAACAAAUAUAAAAUGCCUCUCCUUGAUAUUAUUGGAAGUUCAUGUUUCAAUACCUCUUUUUAUUCCGGGUUUGUUUUUUUGGAAACAGAGGAUGAAGAAAACUACAUAUGGGCAUUAACUACAUUUAAAAAGCUUUUUGGAGAAGGUAAUCAACCAUCGCUGCUAGUGACGAACAGGGAACUUGCACUUAUUAAUGGCAUAAAGAAUAUCUUUCCUACUGCGACGAAUCUUUUGUGUGUUUGGCAUAUCGAAAAGAACAUCAUUGCAAAUUGUAAGAAGCAUUUUCAACAUAAUGAAGAGUUCGACAUUUUCAUGGAAAGUUGGAAAAAUGUGGUAUAUUCAAAAACUGAAGCUCUCUUUGAAAAUAAUUGGUCUGAAUUUAAGUUGUUUUAUAAAGAGAAAAAAGAUGCAGUUGAGUACAUAAAUAAGAUAUGGUUGCCUUGGAAAGAAAAGUUCGUUAGUGCGUGGACCGAUAAUUACUUACAUCUUGGUAAUCGUUCCUCCUCGAGAGCUGAAGGUGCUCAUGCCAAACUAAAAAUGUAUUUACAAGUUUCAACGGGUGGUUUUAAACAAGUGAAGGAUAAGAUUAGUCUUGCUGUUAGAGCAUGA